AAAAAGCUAGGAUUAUUGAGAGGAUGCACAGAGUCACGUGCUGUCCCCACAGCUCAGAACCACCAGGUUUCAGAGCGCUGUCUACACCAAAGUGGAGGAUGAAUUCGGCUCUGAUUGCAUUUACCGUUCUUAGUUUCGCUUCAGCAAAGGAGUCAAGGCUGGACGAUGUGAUUUCCGGCCUGGGGAAAGCAAUUCUUUUCUUCGAGAAUGAGUAUGAGCACUUCACUUUGGACGGAGUGUUGGGAUUUCGGAUGUUACAAGCUGAGCUUGAAGACGCACUAAAGCGAUGGUCACUGUCGGGACAUGAAGCUGCCUCACAGUUCAAAAAGGUUGGCGAUCUAGUAAGAAGACUGGACUUCAUAGCAGCCAAAGCUAUUGAAACAGUUAAAGUGACCGACCCUGCGUAUUUUAAUGCUUUUCAACCAACACUGCACAUUGACUUUUGGACUCUUGAUCCUCAGUGGAUUAAAACAGAUGCCAAACUAGUUUAUCCUGAAGUAAGGGUUACAGAGUGUUUUGGAGAGAAUAUCAGUGACCGCUGCAUGACUCAGCUCCUGGGUACUUGGAAGAACUAUGGCGUCUCUUGCCUGGAAUCCGACUUAUGUAAGAGAAUGAUGACGACUUUAAACUGUCAAGGUUACUCUCUCUCACACCAGCUGCUGUACUUCAUUAUUGUGGAGCACAAAAAAUGCUCAAAUAUUGUACACGCUCAACACAUGGAUUCUCGGGCAUCCCUCUUUGUUCAGGGCUAUAAGAAGAUUUUCUGCUCCAAUAUGCUGCAAAUGAAUCUGCUGAUUGAAAAGAAUGGUUAUCCAUUGUCUGAACAAGACUUAUUUCUGGAAUACGUGAUGCUUUGUGGGCAGGCUGGAUUUUCAGAGUUUUUCAAGGCCGAAUGGCUUGACCACAUCCUGGCGUGGCAACUGCCAGCUGGUUGCUUUGGGAAAUCUGGGCAAAAAUACACGUUGCCAAAACACAAGCGAGUGAAGAGAAGAUCAACCAAUUUGAAAGGUGGUUGUUCAGAUCACAUGACCGCUGUUGCUGUUGGAGCCCUGGGCGGGUACCUACGUUUCUACGCAACAAGCAGAAUUUUGCAGGAACCCCAGCAACUUAGCAACAAGACUUUAUUGCAUUUAUAGUACAUUAUAACUAGUUCUGCUUUUCAACCUCAGAAUGAGUAUAGUUAUUCGUACGAAUAUGUUUAUCAUCAUCUACCUAGAUACACGACAUAUUGAGAAAGGAGCUGGCACGUUAGAAUUCUAGAAAGAUAUUAAUUCUAUUUAUAAAUAGUCAUUUGGUCGUCCAAGAUUUGGUGAAAAAAGACUUCUUGCAAAGGUUGUCAUUUUGCACUCAUCAAGCUAACUUGCAAGAAUGACCAUUAUCUAUUUGUUUGAGAAAUUAACCCCUGCUCAUGAAUGGGGAACGUCUGAUCUUAUCUAAAGUGAUGAAUAGUAAAACAGCAACAAGGCAUGAUGUGGACUGGCAUUCAAUUUGGGUUUAAUGAUGAGUUAAUGAGUUAAAUAUAAUGAUUAUUUAUGGUAAAAAUGUUAUACACAGUUGUAGGAAAAGCUCCACCCUCCAAAUUGUUCUAACCUAUGUAUAAUCCAAGACUAAGGGACUCUUCCCUUUAAUGCCACAACAGAUUUCCCUCUGGUGGGGGAUUUCAAGAUGAGGACGUAUAUUAUUAAGGAGAGAGAGUGGUUUGGGUGUGGAAUGACCUUCCAGAGGAAGUGGUGGAUGGGCGGACAGCUACAAUGUUUUAAAAGACAUUUGGAUAAGUUCAUGAUUGAGAAAGGUUUGGAGGGAUAUGGGCCAAGAGCAGGCAGCUGGGAUUAGUUUAAUUUGGGAGUACAAUUGGCAUGGGACUGUUUCCAUGCUGUCUGACCACUGUUCCACUUACAAAACAUUGCUGUUAACGUGACACCUUUGCUUGCAGAACAACCGUUCUGUGUUUUUCCUGUCUCCUACCUAGCUGAUUCUCCAGAAGUUUUAUAAAGUAUACCUCUCGUCAAAGAGGACCUUAGCUCGACCCAGUGCACUCCCGACUGAAAUCCAACAAUUCCUUCUGGUCAAUAUCAUUCGUCCUCGUGCACUCCUUGCUUCUGUUCAUCCUGACUGCAGUAGAACCAUGUAACUCUGCACUACAUUAAAUGAUGCACCAUAAACUGCUGUACUUUUUUUUUAAA